UUCACUGGUACAUCGUUCAUUAUCUCGAAAAUGGCAUCGAAAAUGGCGAUUCUUUCUAAAACCAGGACCUAUCUCAAAACUCUAAACCCCAUUUCCUUCCGAACGAUCUCCACUUUCCCUUAUCUCUCUCAGGAACCCCAACUUGCUGAACCCACAAUCUUAUCCUCGACUCCAUUGCCUCCAAAUCCAUCAUCUGGUAGUCCUCUUUACCAAGAGAACUGGAGAAACCCAAUCCCUGAUCCUAGCCUCGCUCAGUCUCUCGUUCCACUAGGUUUCAUUCAGCAGGCAUCAUCAUCUUCAAGGAUCCAAGCCUUGUCUAAUACGCUUGAUGGUCCUAGCCUCAUGAAUGUAUUCGCCGAUUGGAUGACUUCGCAGCGAUGGGCUGAUAUCAAGCAAUUGUUCGAGUUCUGGAUUAGGUCUCUCGAUACUAACGGGAAGCCGAAUAGGCCCGAUGUGAACCUGUACAAUCACUAUCUGAGGGCGAACUUAAUGAAUAGAGCUUCUGCUGGGGAGCUUCUCGAUCUAGUGGCACAUAUGGAGGAUUACGGCAUUACGCCGAACACUGCAUCGUUUAAUCUGGUGUUGAAGGGGAUGUAUCAGGCGCAGGAGACUGAGGCUGCUGAGAAAUUGAUUGAACGGAUGCUGCUGACAGGAAAGGAAUCUCUGCCUGAUGAUGAGUCAUAUGACUUGGUUAUUGGCAUGCUCUUUUUGAGGAAUCAAAUUGAUGCUGCCCUAAAAUAUUUGGAUUUAACUCUAAAAUCUGGUUACAUGGUGUCAAUGAGGGUGUUUUCAGAUUGUGUAAAGAGUUGUGUUAAUGCUGGGAGGUUGGAUGCAUUGGUAUCCAUCAUAGAGAGGUGCAAGAAAACGGAUCAAAACAAAUCUCUCUGUCCAGGCUGGCUCCUGUCUAAUUAUAUUGCAGAUGUAGCAUUACAAGAGGAUAAUAGCAAAUUGGCCUUUUACGCUUUGGAGUUUUUGGCCAAAUGGAUUGCUCGUGGUGAAACAACAAGACCUCCUGUUCUGCUCUCUGUGGAUGAAGGACUGGUUGUGUCAGCACUGGGAACUGCUGCUAGGACCUAUAAUGCUAAUCUUGUAAAUGCGUCAUGGACCAUCCUCCAUCGCUCCUUGCGCCAGAAGAGGGCCCCCAACCCAGAAUCUUAUCUUGGGAAACUAUAUGCCUAUUCAUCUCUGGGGAAUUUACAGAAGGCUUUUAGUACUCUGCAUGAAUUUGAAUCUGCUUAUGGGAGUUCUAGUGAAGCAGAGGAUCUAUUCUCUCCUUUUACUUCUUUGUAUCCGUUGGUUGUAGCAUGCUGCAAGAAUGGUUUUGAGACUCUGGACGCGGUCUAUUUUCAAUUGGAGAAUUUGAGUCGUGGAGAUCCUCCAUACAAGUCUGUUGCUGCUCUUAACUGUAUAAUAUUAGGAUGUGCAAACAUAUGGGACCUUGAUCGGGCCUACCAGACUUUCGAGGCCAUUAGCAAUGGCUUUGGUUUGACUCCCAAUAUCCAUUCAUACAAUGCUUUGAUGUGUGCAUUUGGGAAGCUGAAGAAGACAUUUGAAGCUUCAAGGGUGUUUGAGCACUUAGCAAGCUUGGGUGUGAAACCAAAUGCGAUGUCAUAUACUUUGCUGGUUAAUGCUCAUCUCAUUAAUCGUGAUCAAAAGUCUGCCGUCGCAGUGAUUGACGAGAUGGUGGAGGCAGGAUUUGCACCAUCCAAGGAGCUACUGAAAAAUGUCAAGCGGCGAUGCAUCCGGGAGUUAGAUUUUGAUACUGAUGAUUUGGUGGACUCCCAAGCUAAAAAGUUUACUAUUCGAAUGGGUACUGAGAACCGGAGGAACAUGCUGUUUAAUCUUCAGUACAGCACCAACUACCCCUAGGAGGGUAGUUGAUUUGGGCUAUUCUGCCCCAUGAGGUUUCCACCGUUUGUUCUGGGACUACUGACUAUUCAUACUCUGGUUCACCAAGUAAGCUUCAUACCUUCCAAACCUUUCCACAGAGAGCCAGUCCCCUUUUUUGUGUAAAUUACAUAAUUGUACUUAAUUUGGAGGAUUCAAAGGCGGCGGGAGGGUCUGGGAUUGUAGUCCUCGACGGCCAUAUCUUUUUGUUGAAUUUAUUCUUUUUAGGAUCUUUAAUGGGAAAACUACUGUUUUAGUGGAAUGCUAGUUCCUCUUUUGCCCGCAUUCUUGUGUCUUAUCUAUCCAAAUGGGAUUUUUGAACAUUGAUGAAAAAUGUAGGACUUCAUAAAUAAAUGAAAAAGUCUGGAGUAGAAUUUUCUGUGAAUAAA